AUGCCGACAGAUCUUACUCCGCACUUUCAGUAUAUGGCCACAAGCUUGUUUGUUGGUUACAAAGCUCUACUAAAUAAUGAAACUCCAGUGUCGUGUAUAGUCGUGGAUUCAAAGUCAGAUAAAAUUAUCAGUAUUGGCUACAAUUACACCAACCACUCUCUUAAUGGUACACAACACGCAGAAUUUAUUGCUUUACAGCGAUUUACGGAACAAAAGCCGAGCAUUGGUUAUAAUGAUUUAAUCUUGUAUGUGACAGUGGAGCCUUGUAUUAUGUGUGCAUCUUAUUUACGUCAGUUGGGUAUCGGAAAGGUGAUAUUUGGCUGUGGGAAUGACAGAUUUGGAGGGAAUGGUACUAUUUUACCAAUACAUAGUGACACUACUUUACCAAAUGCAACCUAUUCCAGUAUUGGGGGUAUCUGUAGGACAGAAGGAAUACAACUAUUGCGGAAUUUCUACAUUCAACAAAAUGAGUCAGCACCAAACCCUAAAAUCAAAAAGAACACAGAUAUCGAAAGUAAGGAAUACCCAGAUAAUCAGUUUUGUAGCAUUUCAAAAGAUGAAUUUUUAGAAUUCUAUGGCAAAGAAAGAAUGCAUGUUUAUGACGGAAAGGUUUUUGAAAUUACCCCAUCAAUAGAUAAAGGUUAUGAUGUAAAAGACUUGGUAACAUUGGAUAUGAUGCGAAAAGUUCCAUUUCUAGAGGAUGAAUUGGGACGGAUUACAGAUGAACAAAUCAUUGAAUUUCACAAUUUGUUUUUCAACAUAAAAGACAACGGAAUGGUUAAUUAUAAAAAACCAAUAUGUAAAUAUAACAGCAAAAAGAGACAUUUUAAAAAUGAUGAAUAG